AUGGCUGAUGGUAUUAAUAGCUUUAAGGCUCACUUUAUUGGCUUGAAGAAACUUCAACUGGCUGCGACUGCAAUGCGAUUGUCUCAAAGUUUGAGGUAUAAGUUAUGGAACAAAUUGGAAAUUGGAAAUAAUUACACGCAAGAAAAAGAUGGUGGCGACUCGUUAAUUUCUACAUUGGAAGAGUUCGAUAGUGUAUGGAACUCAUUUCGUUUUGGGUCAGCUUUUGAUGGAUAUCAAAGCAUGACAGAUUAUUCUUCGAGUAUGAAAGACUUAAUUUUACAAAAGAAUAACAUGAGUUGUGAUGAAUUUAACUGCCUUUCAUUGGACGACCAAGUUGCCAAAUUCAGGUCAAACAUUCUGAUGUACAAGGAUCUCUCUCAAAACCUCACGGUUUCUCAUAUUGGUGAUUAUCACUCCUUUUUGAGACAAGAUAGUUUUGAGCUUGUCAUGACCUUCAGUAACAUUACGCAAUUAUUAAGACGUACUCUCGAAUCGAGCCGCUCUUUGAUGACCAUUGUUGUGGUUGUGAUUUGUUGUCCCGUAUUGCUUAUUGCUUCCUUUUUCUUAUUCACAAAUGUUUCGACUAUGCAAGAAGAAAAUUUUAGAAUGAGAAAACUUUUCAAUUAUGUUCAAUGGGAGAUUAUUGAUGCCAAUGAUGAAAUUCGAAAUUAUAUUUUCUUUUAUUAUUUAUCAUCUGGAGUUGGACGGGCCAAAGUAAAACAAAAGAUAUCGAAAGAGAGAGCGGUGUUGGAGGCGGCUUUGACAUGUGCCACAAUUUGCAGUGCUGGUGGAACUAUUGAUAUUUUCAACUCGUCAUCUGAAAAAUUGUUUGGAUAUCGUGGCGAUCAGAUUAUUGGUUUUCACUUGUCGAAAUUAUUUGACAAAGAAUCUGCAUCAAAACUUGAACCGAUAUUAGCAAAGAUGGCAUUCAGCGCGGUGAAUUACGCAGAAACGAUUGAAAUCACUGGUCAAAAGAAGAAUCAAAGUAAAUUUCCUCUCGAGCUCAGAAUUUCGGUUGGAGUUUUAGAUGGAAGAAAUAUUAUUGCUUGUUUUAUGCGAGAUAUUACUGAAUAUAAGAAACAAACAAAGGAGCUGGCAGAAGAAAAAAAGAAAAGUGAAUCCCUAUUAUUGAACAUUAUGCCUGAGAGUAUAGCUCAACGCUUAAUUGCGGGAGAAACUUUUAUCGCAGACAAAUACGAAAAUGUGACCUGUUUUUUCAGCGAUUUAUAUGGAUUGUUGGAUUUAAAUCUUUCUGCAUAUGAAUUAGUUCAAACUCUAAACUUAAUUAUUCACAAAUUUGAUGAUUUGACUUUAGCUUCAAAUGUGGAGAAAAUCAAAACCAUUGGCUCCAAAUAUUUCUGCUGUGGAGGGUUGAAACCAGAUUCUGAGACAGAAUUAUCUCACUUGGAACGAAUGUUUGAUUUUGCGAUUCAAUUAUUUGAUAUUGUUGAUUCAUUUCGUGACGAGAACGGCCUUAAUAUUGGAUUGAAGGUUGGUAUGCAUGUUGGUCCAGUAGUGGCAGGCAUUUGUGGUCUGCUGAAAUAUGCAUUUGAUAUUUGGGGUGAUACUGUGAACAUUGCGUCAAGAAUGGAGAGCACAUGUCCAACAGGUCACAUUCAAAUUACAUCCACAUGUUAUCACAAAUUGAAAGACUUUUAUAAAUUCCAAGAAAAAAGUGUUGAAGUCAAAGGAAAAGGUCUAAUGCAGACCUAUCUUUUCAAACCAGCAAGAAACAGUGCUUCUCCAACCGUUCUCACUCAUGAUCAUCAUACCGACCUCUAUAGCUCUCGAGACAGUGUUGGUUCCAAACACAGCUUGAAAGCGUUGUUAACAUCCUCCUUUUCUUCAAGGAAUGCCAUUCAAGACAUUCUCGCUGCUGGCAAUAAUGGUAGCAGCAACAUUCAGGAAACGGUUCAUCAAGAGUAA